AUGUCAACAACUUUUCUUUUAAAAUUUAGCUAAAAUUUCACAAGGCUAGAUAGUUUGAUAUACUUAAAAUUAAUUUGAGAAUAGUGCAAUGAUCGUUUUCGCAGCGUUGGCGGUUGUCGUGCAUUUAAUAUUUCUGGUUUCCAUUUUCUACAUAUAUUUUCAAACACCAAUAUUGAAUGAUCUUCCGAUAGGAAAGGAUGAUGAAAGCGCUGCAGCAAACCGAAUUGUUGUUUUUGUUGCAGAUGGGCUCCGCGCAGCUUCUUUUCUUGAACACCAGGCGAACAGAACUUUAUUUUUGCGGCAAAUAGUUUUGUCGCAAGGAACCUUUGGAAUAUCUCAUACGCAUGUUCCAACUGAGUCAAGACCAGGGCAUGUAGCCCUUUUUGCAGGAAUGUAUGAGGAUCCUAGUGCAAUAUUCAAAGGAUGGAAGAAAAAUCCUGUUCAAUUUGAUUCUGUUUUUAACCGAAGCGAUUUUGCAUUCAGUUGGGGUAGCCCAGAUGUCCUUUCUAUAUUUUCUGAUGAAAUCAAUCCAGGAAAAGCGAAAUUUAUCUCUUAUCCUGCUGAAGAUGAAAGUUUCUCCACGUCAUCGAAUACAAGCUUACUAGAUGUAUGGGUAUUUGAAAAAGUGAAAACAUUUCUAUUAACACCAGCUAAUCAAAAAUUAUUAUUAUCACAAAAGAGAGUCAUUUUAUUUCUACAUUUACUGGGUUUGGAUACGGCUGGGCAUGUACACAAACCAUACUCAGCUUCGUUUUCAGAAAAUUUAAUUCUGGUCGACAAUGGUAUCAAAGAAAUCGUUAGUAUAAUUGAUCGGAUAACAAUUAACGAUAAAAAAACCGCUUACAUCUUUACUUCUGACCACGGCAUGACGGAUAAAGGAUCUCAUGGAUCAGGACAUCCGAUGGAAACAGAAACUCCGUUUAUUGCUUGGGGAGCUGGAAUCCAACACUGGAACAAUUCUUGGAGUAACCGCUACCAAAAACAUGUUGUCUUAGAUAAAGUUGACGUUCCUUCCUUGGACAUAAAUCAGGCCGAUGUAACGCCUCUAAUUUCGACCUUACUUGGAAUUGCAAUACCUAGGAAUAACUAUGGAAAACUACCUCGACAGGUUUUGAAAGCCUCUGAUAUGAUCUCGGCAUUUUCAAUGAAGAAAAACGCAGACCAACUUUACUAUCAGUAUUACGAAUGGAAAAAAAAAUGUAAUCAAAAAAUGUUUAAAUGGCCGUUAUCGACAAAGGAAUCACACUAUAUUAUACUGAUUGAAACACUACAAAAAGAUAUUGAACAAGCACAUGACAGCAAACUGUACAAGCAAAUGAUAUCUUCUAGCGAGUUAUUGAUGGACGUAAUUCUAGAAGCGAUUGAGUUUUACCAAACAUACUAUAAAUAUGAACUUCUAACAGCAAUUUCUGUAGCUAUGAUCGGUUGGAUUGUAUUCGUGGCAGGACAUGUAUUCAUAGCUCCCAUAUCAAUUGCGUCAAUUAAUGUUAAAUCAAUUUUAAUCGCAAUUAUAGCUAUUUGCAUCAUAUGGUUCUACAACACAGCACAAGGAACACCGAAAGCUGUACCAUUUUUCUUCUCACUACCUAUAUGUUUGUGGUUACCUGUGUUGUCGAGAUGGAGACAGUUUAUCGCUGUAAUAAACAAACAAAUGACUCCAAAAAUAAUUAUGUUCUUAGUAACCGUAGAGCUAUGUGUGAUGUCCUUUUUUCACCGUCAAAUUCUUAGUGGUGUUCUAGUCAUUAACACGUUGUUAAUAAUACAUCGCACUUAUAAAAAGGAAAAUGUAAAACAGCGGUCCUCUUUUUUAAUGCCUGUGAUAUUGAGCAACACCUUUUUGGCUAUUUUUCCUGUAAUACCUGUUGCACAAAAGGACAUUAGUAAUCCUUAUUUAUUGAUAUCUGGAAUAUUUGCAUUGGCCAUAUGUGCUUUAAUAAUUUGCUUCUUUGUUGUGAAAAACAAAUGGUACGGCAGAUUUCAGGUUCUGCUAACAUUUUCAAUGAUCCUGAAUAUUCUACAUUACUUCGCUAACAGUGAUAAAAAAUUCAUUUCAAACUGGACGAAUUGUAUGUUUUCAUGGGUUUUUCUUCUAUUAACGUUACUUGCUCCACUGUUUGCUACUACAUCUCUGCAAAUUCGUUUUUUGGCUAUUGUUUUGAACCUCGCUGGUCCAUACGUGAUGCUUUCCCUUUCAUAUGAGCCAUUGUUCCUGUUGUCGUUCUCGAUAAGCUUAUUUUAUUGGCUCAGAGUGGAGGAUAUGCUUUGUAAUUCAAAACCCAAGAUGAUGCUUCUGCGUUAUUCCGAUGUGGAAAUUUUUACCAAGGAUAGUGGUUCUGAAGAUAUUCGUCAUGCAUUAUCAUUUGUAUUAUAUAUGCUGAUAUCAUUUUUUGGAACGGGGAACAUGGCGACGGUUAGCUCUUUUGAUCCAAAUUGGUAUGUGCAUUAAAAUCUUUACAAAUCCUAACGCAGGUCAAUACAAAGACUGUCUUCUUGUUAAUGCUAAUUAUCUGCGACAUAAUGUGUUUACAUUUUUUUUACUUUGUCAAAAAUAAAGGUUCGUGGCUAGAAAUAGGAAC